CCGUACUGCGAACAUCUCGCAUCGCCGAAUGGCUGGGUGCUCGCUCUCUCUGUCCAACUCGUGCUCGGCAUUUUGAUCUCGUACAUCCCACAACAUGUCAAGAUUGUCCGUCAUGGCACCUCUGCUGGUCUCUCGCCAUGGUGGGUCUUGUUGGGCACGGUAUCUUCCAUCGCCGCCCUUGCCAACAUCUUGGUUUUGCCGACCAGCCAGCAUGAUAUGGCUUGCUGUCGCGAGAUUUCUGGCAAGGCUUGUGGUGCUGCACUGUUGGGUGUUGUGCAGAUUGGCGUGCAGUGGAUCUGCUUCAUGACCAUCAUGGUGCUGUUCCUGGUCUUCUUCCCCAGAGAUGCUUUUGCAAACCCACCGCCUGAGCACCUUCCCCCGGACACGCCUCGCAAGCGCGACGCUGUUAUUGUCGGUGUAGUCUCUUUGGUCUCUCUCCUCCUUGCCGGUCUCAUCUCAACUCUCUUCCUCUACCGCCUCCCUUCUCAUCUCCUCAGCUGGGCAAACUUCCUCGGCAUCCUCGCUGCAAUCCUCUCAUCUAUUCAAUACAUCCCGCAGCUCUACACUACCUGGAGAGCCAAGCAAGUCUUGUCCCUCAGCAUCGUAAGUAUGCUCAUUCAAGUGCCCGGAGCCUUUGUGUUUGCUUUCAGUCUGUGGUUGAGAGUUGGUUGGGAGGGCUGGAGUACAUGGUUCGUCUAUUGCGUCACUGGCGUUUUGCAGGGCGCUUUGCUGGUUAUGGCCAUCAUGUUCUACCAGAAGGAGAAAGCAGAAGAC